AAAAACGGAAUUAACUACUCUUUAGUAAGAACACGCACAAGUUUAUGUGUGGGUCUUCCAAACAAUCGGUACUUCAUUUUUAGCAAUACUGGAUUUGCAAGCCUGUUAGACAAAAAACAGCACAAAACGAAUAUCACUAUUUUGCAUACAGUCAAAAAGUGAGCGCACAAAAGCUUUUUACGCUAUGCUCACAAGCCACGCUUCCCAACCGCGGCUGCAGUUAAUUAGUUGUUUCAAAUGUUCACCAAUCAGAUCGCUAUCGCUUUCGGAUACGGACGUGAGAAUCGGACGUAGUGUUGCGCGCCGCGAAAAAAUCAACAACAAUUGCAAUAUUAUUUUAAAUAGUGGCAACAAGUGCAACAACAAAUACAAUAUAAUGCAUAAUCCCGAUUAUGUGCCUGCAUUGAGUGGCAGCAAUGCGACUGCCACCAUCAUCGGUGGACAUCUGCCCAUACCAACUACACCAACAACUGCUUUUCAGCCGGUGCAUGUGCGUUUCUCCAACAAACAACUGCCGCCUGAGAAGCGCAAAUUAGCUGAGCUUUUCAAAGAAAAAGUCGACGCCAAAGAGUUCUUCUAUGGCAUUGAACUGUCAGCCCGUUCCUAUGGCAAACAACAAACAAUGCUGGACUACGAUAAAUUCGACGUGCUGCUGCCGCUCUUCACCUCGCUUGUGUGGCUGGGUCAGGACUAUGCCAAUAUUGAGAAUGUUACGGAUGUGGAUGCGAUAAGUUUGGGGCGCCAAUUGUAUACGCGUGUGGUGGUAAUGCCACAUUUAACUUGCUUUCGCGCCGAUUCAAAGCGGCUCGAUGAAUUUCUGAAGCUCAACUUUACGAAUGUGUUGGCGCUGCGUGGAGAUCAGGUGGAUCCGGAGCAACAAUUCCCACAUGCGAAAAAUUUAGUUGAAUAUAUACGUAAUAAACGAGGCGACACAAUCUCCAUAGGUGUUGCUGGUUAUCCAGAAGGACAUCCGGAAUCUAAAUCGAUGGAGGAAGAUAUGCAGUAUUUGAAAGAGAAGGUGGAUGCCGGUGCCGAUUUUAUCAUCACGCAAAUUUGCUUUUCACCUGAAUCAAUUGUGCGUUUUGUGCAAAACUGUCGCGCCAAUGGCAUCACCGUGCCCAUCAUCAUUGGCAUAGUUGUGCCCGAUAAUAUGCGCAUUUUACAAUUUAUAAUGAAUAUUGUGAAGGCAGUGAUCCCCGCAGAGCAGCUGAGCAAAUACAAGGAAUUGGAGAAUAACCCGAAAGCCUUCAGAGCGUUUGCGGUUGAGAAUGCGGUGCGCACGGUGCGAGUCAUAUUGGAAAGCGAUUUAAAUAUUUAUGGAUUUCAGUUCUUUACAAUGAAUCGCCUAAAGAAUGUGCAACUUGUUAUUCGGCAGAUACUCGAUAAGAAUGGCAUAGAAAGUAAAUAAUUGAAUUUUAAAUAAUUAUGGUACGCCUAGUUUAAUUAAAUAAAUUUUAACAUAAG